AUGAAAGAGACUGAGCAAGAAAGAAAUAAUGAAUUAGUGGAAGUUGAAGAAGUGGAGGUCGAAGAAGAAGAAAAAGAAUUUUCAAUUUCCUGUCCUAAAAAACAUACAUUACCAAAAACUCCAGAACAGUCCUUGGCUGAUUUAAAAACGUUCAGAGGAAUGGUUAAAGACAAUUUGACAACAAAAGUUGCCAGUCUUACUAAAAAAGACCUGAAAAAAGUAGACACAGCUAAGAUAGCAGCAGCAGCAGCUAAACAUAGUAGACUAAAUUUCAUAGAACAAGGAAGAAGAUGUAAUUCCGUGUCCUUCCCGGAUACACAAAAAAAGAAAAUUUUAGACAUGACCUUAGACACAUCAGGGACCGACCAUUACAAACAGAAAGAAAGUCCAGAAGCUUUCACACUUAACGAGGCAAUAGAUAAGAAUAUAAAACUCGUAAAGAUAAUCAAGGGACUAAUAGAGGAUGCGCCAAACACUCAUAAAAAGAUCAAAGAGGUGGUGAAGAUAAGGAACGCAAAUGAGUUCCAAAGAGACAGCUUUAAAAAAUGGCUGAAUAAAAAAAGGUUUGAACCUAUUGAGAAAAUUAUGUAUGACGUGGACUUCCAAACGAUUGAAACACCCAAAAAAACAUGCGAAAUCGCCACCCAAACAGAGCCGUGGCACGGGCAGGCAACGAAAGUUACGCUAAAAUAUCUUGAUGGAAUAGAGAAAUUUGAGGAAUAUGAGGAAAUAGAAACGAUGGAAUGGGACCAAACACUAUACAAAAACACCGAGGUAGUAGUAGGAAACCCGAUUAUGACUGAAGACAAAACUACGAAAGUAGUAUUUGGAGAACCAAAUGACCCUACUAUGUCUAAUGGUAUACAAAAAUUGUACAGUGAAAAGUAUCUGGCAUUAUUAAGCCUAAGUGGGGAGUUCGAAGUAAUCGAGCAAAUCACAAAGACAAAAUCAAAAAAUGAACUAAGCCAGCGUAAAAUAAUAAGGGCUACCCACGAUGGUACAACAAAAAGCGUUUGGAGGAAAUUGAAGGAAAUAAGAGAGGAAACCUCUGAGGAUGGUAAGGUAGCGAUUCACCACCUAACGAAUAUUACAACAACAAAUCUCCGAAAAAUGGCGGAAACUGUGUUCCACAAUAGCAACACUAAAGUGGAAAUCUACACCACAGCCAGGAAAAAGGAAGACGAAAAAGUCCGUACGACGUAUGGAAUGAUUGUUAGCGAGGGUGGAAAAUCAUAUAGGGAAGUGCUGAUGAAGGUUAAAGACGUGGUUAAAAAAAACUCGUCAGCAGCUGCGAUUAGAAGCGUUAAAAGUACCAAAGACGGUAAACUCUUAUUGACUUUGGAUAAAGAUGACAAAGCAAUAACAAACCUUCAAAAGGCUUUUAAGGAAAACACAUCAGGUUUAAGAACCAGGAGACUGGGGAUGGAUAAUUUCUCAACAAUACACAUCAGAGGAAUGGAAGCUGAUGCAACGGUAAAGGAGGCUAUAAAGGACGCAGUAGGCACUUGGGAAGAGGAUAAUAAGCUCAGUGAGCUCCGCCCUCUGAGCAAUGACACUCUCGCGGCGACAUUAACACUGAGAACCGAACAAGCAGAGAAGCUGCUCAGAGAAGGAUUCCUACGAGUGGGUCUAGGGAAAUGUAGGUUGGAGAAGAGACUCAACAUAAGAAGAUGUCCCAAAUGUUGGUCGUACGAACAGGAGGUAGAUAAGUGCGAAGGACCGGACCGAUCUAAGCAAUGCUUUAAAUGCGGAUUAGAAGAUCACAGUGCUAAAGAGUGCACGAACGAAGAACAUGCCCUAUUUGUAAAGAGAAAGGACAACAACUGUAUUAUACAAGACGUGAGUGCAGCAGAGGAUAGAGAAAUAGAAAGUCCAAAUUAUGUUGAUGAUCCAGAUUAUACACCAAUGGAAGAAAAUCUGUUACAAAAUGAAAAUAAGGACAGUUCUACGGAAGAUCUUAGUAGCGGAAAUAAUAACAAAAAGUCUGACGGCAAACAAACUGAUAAAAGAAAGAGAAAAAAAGUAGCAAUUCCUGAAGAAUGGGACAAGAACAUUAAUAAAAAGAAACGGAUGUUGGGACAAAAAUACGUAGGUUACACAAGAAACAAAGAUGGGACCAUCAAGCACAAUAUUGAAAGAGAACAAGACUUUAAAACGAAGGCCGAAGUGUUCAAUUUGUAUAAAAAAAUAUGCUUAGAUGAAGAAAUUUUGCCCUUGACUAUUUAUCCAUUUCUGUUAAUAUUUGACCAAAAGAAACUUGCUCUUUUUAAACUUUGGAAGGACCAGUGCGACGACGUUUGUUGCGCUUAUAAAAUGAAGCAGUUGGAUGAAGACAGCUACAAUAAGCACAAAUUAGCGAAAAACCAAGCUAGGAAAGAAAAAGAUGAAGACAAAAUAAGGUGUAAAAAUAAAGAAAUUUACUGCUUUACAAUGGAUGUACAGGCUGUGAAGCUGUGCCCAAAACUUGAAGCAAGUGCUUUAUAUUAUAAAACUAAACUACAAGUACAUAACUUCACCAUAUACAAUUUAGAAUCUCACGAUAGUAAAAACUAUUUAUGGAAUGAAACAGAAGGUGAACUUUGCUCAUCAGUUUUUGCGACAUGCAUCUUUAAGCAUAUUCAGACAACCCUUGACCGUGAAGUAAGAUCUGUUGUGUUAUAUUCUGACAGUUGUGGUUACCAGAAUAAAAAUAAAUAUCUUGCAAGUGCCUUAUGUCUUUUGGCAUGUAAAAACAAUGUAGAGAUUGAGCAUAAAUAUCUCGUGAAGGGUCAUACUCAGAUGGAGUGUGAUGCUACUCACAGUCUUAUUGAACGUCACAUUAAAGCAAGAGAUAUCUAUUUGCCCACUGAUUAUAUAUCAGUUAUUACCUCAGCGAGACAAAAACCACAACCCUUGCAGGUGGAAUACUUGAACCACAGUUAUUUUUUUAAUUUUGACGACAAUAAUAUAUUACGAUAUGACUCCAUAAGACCAGGAAAUCGCGUAAAUGAUCCCAAAGUUGCAGAUAUAUCCUGUCUAAAAUAUCUGCCGAAUGGAAACAUAUUAUACAAGCUUAAUUAUAAUGAGGCAUACUUACCUCUUCCACAAAGAUCACAAACUAUCAACCAUAAUUACGAGCUUAAACCUUUGUACCAGACAAGACUAAAAAUAACAAAAAAAAGUGAACACACUUGCAAGAAUUAA